AUUCUCGAGACCUAAUUGUUAUGGUCCUUUGGUCCAAAUGAUCACAGGGGGAAAUUUUACCCGUCGCUCAAGCCCUAUGUUUAUGUUGUCAGAAAUCGAAGGAUGCCUGCUGAACGCAAGCGAUCGGUAAACAUGGAUGAGAAAGAAGUUUGCUCAUUCACUAAUAAGGAGAAAGAAAAAGAGAGAGAAGGUGAAAGGCGGCCUCCUUCUUCCCGGGAUAAAUCAAAAGAUGAGACCAAAAUGAGUGGUAAGAAGGACAGCAGUAAAGCUGUUGAAGAGAAGAGGAGGCGGUUGGAAGAAGAAAAGAAAAAGAAAGAGGAGAAGGAGCGGAAAAAGAAAGAGGAGGAGAAACUCAAGGCAGAAGAAGAGCAAAAGAAGAAAGAGGAAGAAGAAAAACAGCAGCAGGAAGAAGAGGAGAGGAAGCUUCAGGAGGAAGAAGCCCGAAAGCAACGAGAAGAGGAGGCUGCACAACUCAAGGAGAAAGAGGAGAGCCACCAGCUGCAUCAGGAGGCCUGGAAAAGUCACCAGUCCAGGAAGGAGCUGCGCAGUAAGAACCAGAAUGUUCACGAGGGUCGACCUGAAGAGUCCUUUUUCAGCCGGCUGGACUCCAGCCUGAAAAAGAACACAGCCUUCGUCAAGAAGCUGCGCACCCUCACCGAGCAACAGCGGGACUCUCUCUCCAACGACUUUGGCUCACUCAACCUCAGCAAGUACAUCGGCGAGGCUGUGAGUUCUGUGGUGGAGGCCAAGUUGAAGAUCUCGGAUGUGGGCUGUGCUGUGCACCUGUGCUCUCUCUUCCAGCGCUAUGCAGAGUUCGCCCCACUGCUUCUGCAGGCCUGGAAGAAGCACUUUGAGGCCCGUAAAGAGGAGAAGGCCCCCAACGUGAGCAAGCUGCGCACAGACCUCCGGUUCAUCGCUGAGCUCACCAUUGUGGGCCUCUUCACCGACAAAGAGGGCCUAUCUCUCAUCUACGAGCAGCUGAAGAAUAUAAUCGGAACAGACCGGGAGACGCACACACAUGUGUCAGUGGUCAUCAGCUUUUGUAAGCACUGCGGGGAUGACAUCGCUGGCCUGGUACCUCGCAAGAUGAAGCUGGCAGCAGAGAAAUUUGGUCUGGCUUUCCCUCCCAGUGAGAUCAUCAACACGGAGAAGCAGCAACCUUUCCAGAAUCUUCUGAGGGAGUACUUCACCUCGCUUACCAAGCACCUGAAGAAGGACCACCGGGAGCUCCAGAACAUCGAGCGGCAGAACAGACGUAUUCUCCACUCCAAAGGAGAGCUGAGUGAGGACAGACACAAGCAAUAUGAAGAGUUUGCUACCUCCUACCAGAAGCUUCUGGCAAAUACCCAGUCACUGGCGGACCUGCUUGAUGAGAACAUGCCAGAACUCCCCCAGGAUAAAACUGUACAGGAGGAGCAUGGCCCUGGCAUUGACAUCUUCACCCCUGGGAAGCCUGGGGAGUACGACCUGGAGGGGGGCAUCUGGGAGGACGAAGACGCCCGCAACUUCUACGAGAACAUGGUGGACCUCAAGGCUUUCGUCCCCGCCAUCUUGUUCAAGGACAACGAAAAGAGCAACCAGGCUAAAGACAAAGAAGAGGCCAAAGAUGCUGGGAAGGAGGCGGCCAGCACAGAGGAGCUGGAGCUGGAGCUGGAAGCCCUGGACAUCACUGACGACCCUCUGGAGCUGGAGGGAACCGACGAGGCGGAGAACGAAGAGCUGGCCAAGAAGCUGCUGGACGAUCAAGAACAAGAGGAUGAGGAAGCCAGCACCGGCUCCCACCUGAAGCUUAUAGUUGACGCCUUCAUCCAGCAACUCCCUAACUGUGUCAACAGAGACCUCAUAGACAAGGCUGCCAUGGACUUCUGCAUGAACAUGAACACCAAGUCCAACAGGAGGAAGCUGGUCCGAGCUCUCUUCACAGUCCCCAGACAGAGGUUGGAUCUUCUGCCCUUCUACUCCCGCCUGGUGGCCACCCUCCACCCCUGCAUGUCAGACGUGGCUGAGGACCUGUGCUCCAUGCUUAAAGGGGACUUCAGGUUCCAUAUUCGGAAGAAAGACCAGAUCAAUAUUGAGACAAAAAAUAAAACCGUUAGGUUCAUUGGAGAGCUGGCCAAGUUCAAGAUGUUUACCAAAACAGACACGCUUCAUUGUCUGAAGAUGCUGCUGUCUGACUUCUCCCACCACCACAUCGAGAUGGCCUGCACCCUGCUGGAGACCUGCGGACGCUUCCUGUUCAGAUCCCCCGACUCCCACCUACGCACCAGCGUCCUCCUGGAACAAAUGAUGCGUAAGAAGCAGGCUCAGCACCUGGACGCCCGCUACGUGACCAUGGUGGAGAACGCCUACUACUACUGCAACCCGCCGCCCAUGGAGAAGACCGUGCGCAAGAAGAGACCCCCCCUGCAGGAGUACAUCCGCAAGCUGCUCUACAAGGACCUGUCCAAGGUCACCACGGAGAAGGUGUUGAGGCAGAUGAGGAAGCUGCCCUGGCAGGACCCCGAGAGCAAAAGCUACCUGAUCUGCUGCAUGGUCAACAUCUGGAACGUCAAGUACAACAGCAUCCACUGUGUGGCUAACCUGCUGGCCGGCCUGGUGGCCUACCAGGAGGAUGUGGGCAUCCAUGUGGUGGAUGGUGUUCUGGAGGACAUCCGCCUGGGCAUGGAGGUGAACCAGCCCAAGUUCAACCAGCGCAGGAUCAGCAGUGCCAAGUUCCUGGGGGAGCUCUACAACUACCGCAUGGUGGAGUCUGCCGUCAUCUUCCGCACCCUGUUCUCCUUCAUCUCGUUCGGGGUGAACCCCGACGGCAUCCCCAGCCCCCUGGACCCCCCCGAGCACCUGUUCCGCAUCCGCAUGGUGUGCACCCUGCUGGACACCUGCGGGCAGUACUUUGACCGAGGCUCCAGCAAGAGGAAGCUGGACUGCUUCCUGAUCUACUUUCAGCGGUACAUCUGGUGGAAGAAGAGUGUGGAGUUGUGGAGUGCCGACCAUCCCUUCCCCAUAGACAUUGACUACAUGAUCAGUGACACCCUGGAGAUGCUCCGGCCCAAGAUGAGGCUCAGCUGCUCCCUGGAAGAGGCCAUCAAACAGGUGGCUGAGCUGGAGAGGGAGGUCCUGGUCAAACUAGGUCUGGCCAUGGAGAAGGACGGCCGGUGCUCCAGUGCCUUGGGAGAAGGAGAGGCUCUGGAUGAGGAGGACGACGAUGAUGAUGAGGAGGGAGGGGCGGAGACCGAGGAACAGUCAGGCAACGAGAGCGAGAUGAACGAGCCAGAGGAGGAGGAAGGGUCGGAGAACGAGGAGGAAGAGAGGGAGGAAGAGGAGGAGGAGAACACUGACUACCUGACCGACUCCAACAAGGAGAACGAAACUGACGACGAGAGCAAUGAGGUGACCCUGCGUGGGGGAGGGCUGAAGCACGUGGCCUGUGCUGAGGACGAGGACUUCAUCCAGGCUCUGGAUAAGAUGAUGCUGGAGAACCUUCAGCAGCGCAGCGGCGAGGCGGUCAAGGUGCACCAGCUGGACGUAGCCAUCCCCCUGCAGCUGAAGAGCCAGCUGAAGAAGGGGCCCGAACCAGCAUGCACUGGGGAGGGCGACGCCGACGGCUCCGACACCAUGCAGUUUGUCAUGCUCACGCGCAAGGGCAACAAGCAGCAGUAUAAGAUCUUGAACGUGCCGCUGUCCUCUCACCUGGCGGCCAAUCACUUCAACCAGCAGCAGGCUGAGCAGGAGGAGCGCAUGCGCAUGAAGAAGCUCACCCUGGACAUCAACGAGAGGCAGGAACAGGAGGACUACCAGGAGAUGAUGCAGUCCCUGGCCCAGCGUCCGGCUCCGGCCAACACCAACCGCGAGCGUCGGCCACGCUACCAGCACCCUAAAGGUGCUCCUAACGCCGACCUCAUCUUCAAGACUGGAGGAAGGAGACGCUGAUGGAGUCUGGCCAAGGGAGCAAACAAGCGAGUGAGAGAGCGAGCGCAAACGAGAGAAAGAGAGAGAGAGAGACGUGUGGAGGACCGGUCUUGCUUGACCAGGGAGCAAGGCCGCCAGCCGCCCCCACUGACGCAAGCGCCUGACACCCAACCCUGCUGCUGCAGGAGGAAGAGGGAGGGAGGAUGGGUGGGCAGGGUUCACCCCUUUCGCCCAGUCUAGGGGGCCCAGGCCACCCCUUCCUUUCUGUCUGCCACCGGGCACGUCACCAGCACACAAACCAACCACCUGUCUGAAGGAGAAGCUCAAACAGUGGGGGAAAAAGACCUUGAAACGAAUGACCAGCUGACUGGCCGGAUGGACAGACAUGAUCCCAGAUAGACAGCCAGUCAGGCAUCCAGACAGGGCCACAGGCUUCCCUCAAAGACAUGGAUAGGGCUCUCACACAUGCGCCAGAGAAGCGGAGAGAAUAUGCUGAAUGUGUGUGUGUGUGAGAGAGAGGGAGAACAUGAAAUGCUGGGUGGGUGGGUGGGGAGGGGGAUUUUGAGAUUGACUGUGCUUCACUUACUGGAAACAUCUGUUAUUCAGUGUUUUUUUUCUCCCCUCUGUCUACCUACAUCACACACUGUAUGUCACAAGACUGAGAGAAAUAAGGGAGAGGGGAGGGGAGGGGGGAUGGAGUCACCAAGCUACUGAUGAGACGCUGUAACAGGCAGUCUAGGGAGGAGCCAGGAGCUGUACAGAGGGAGGACAGUGUGUGUGUUCCUGAGGACUACUGUGUUUCCCCCUGUUUAACGCUAUCCCUGUUGGAAUAACUUGUUGCAUUAUGUUGCCGUGGUGAUGACCCAGACAGGGGGUCUUAGCAAGAGACCAGCGAUGACUGACCAGCGUUUCAUCAUCAGAAAUAAGAAUAUAUAAUGAGUAUAUAGUCUUUAUUUUUCCAGCAUUUAGCAUUCUAGGUGUUCCAUUUUAGUUUCCCAUGGAGUUAUUUUUGAUGAUAUUAGACUUUGUGUUGAUUUGGGUUUCUGUGCUGUAUUGUGGUAAAGCUUUUGGACAAAUAGAUAAGAUACUAUAAGCUGCCUCUGGAGUGUGAAACUCACUUCCUAUAUCUUGUUUGAUUUUUACUGUCUGUAGGUAAUCUGUAUUCUACUGCAUGGGCCAUUCUGCACCAGCUUUGUACGCCAUUCUGCCUAGUGUUAUUAAUAAAAUGUUUGUUAAUGAGUA